AUGAAAGAAGCUCGGGAAGCAGCAGAUGAAAUCAUAAACUUACUAACAAGAAGCAAAGGUACACCUCCAAAACUACAAAACCAAACAAUAUUAACGAUAUUAAACGCAUCCAAAGAAUUAUUUAUGAAAGAACCAAAUAUUUUAGAGUUAAGGACACCGAUAAAUGUCGUAGGAGAUAUACAUGGACAAUUUCCUGAUCUAAUGACUGUUUUUCAAGAUGGAGAAUUUCCACCAAAUUCAAGAUAUCUAUUUUUAGGUGAUUACGUUGAUAGAGGUACACAAUCACUUGAAGUCAUAUGUUUACUCUUUGCAUUAAAAGUACGCUAUCCAAAUCAUAUGUUUUUACUCCGCGGAAAUCAUGAAACUAAAGAAAUGACUGAAGAAUACGGAUUUGCUGUCGAAUGUAGUUCAAAACAAAACAAAGCCACUUACAUGGAAUUUAUUAACGUUUUUGAUACUCUUCCUCUUGCAGCGUUAAUUAAUAACUCGUAUUUUUGCGUUCAUGGAGGAUUAACUCCAGAUCUUCAUGAUCUUGAGCAAAUUCGAGCACUACCACGACCAACUCAAAUACAGGAACAUGGGUUCCUUGCAGAUCUUGUUUGGUCGGAUCCUGCAAAAGAUGUAGAAGAUUUCGCUCCAAGUGAACGAGGAUUAACAGUUAAAUGGGGCCAAAAGCCUGCACAGCAGUUUAUGGAGGCUAAUAACUUAACGAAAAUCAUCAGAGCUCAUCAAAUGGCUGAAGAAGGAAUUGAAUAUCCUUUUGCACCAGAUUAUUCAGUAAUUACUGUAUUUUCAGCACCAUGGUAUGCUGGAGAAUUCAAAAAUAAAGGCGGAUUCCUUAAAAUAGAUAAAAAUAAUCAUAUUGAUCCAAUUAUGAUUAAACACAAUGAUAAAGCACCUCCCGUGACAUUUGCUCAGUAUGUGCCAAAUAAAAAUGAAGGAAAAGGUAAAGGUAAAGGAGGAAAAGAAGGGAAAAAAGGAAAAAGGAAAUAA